AUGGAGGGCGGUGCGUGGCUGCCCCUGGGGGCACUCGGCGGCGGUGGCGGACUGCGCGCGCCGGGCCCCGGGGCGGCAGCGACGGCCAAGCUGGCGGUGCGGCUGCCCCGCUCCCGCUCGCACCCGCGGCUCGCCCGCGCCCACUCGCGGCUGGGCCGGGCUCGCCCGUCGCUGCGGUUGACCCCGCCGCCCACGCCGUCGCUACCGCAUCCACCGCUGCCCGGCCUUCCGCCGGGCCUGAGUCCCGCACCGCCACCGCCCUCGGCGCUCGCCCUGGCCGAGCUGCCGCCGCUGCCUGCGCUGCCGCUGCGGCCGGAGCCGCUGGCGCCCUGGGGCCCCGGCCCCCACCUGACACUGCCGGAGCUGCCGCCUGAAGCCUGCGCGCCCGCGCCGCCCGCCGCCGCGCUCGCUCUGCAGGACCUCCCGCGCCUGCCCGCGCCCGCGCCGCCGCCCGCGCACCUGCCGCUGCCGCCGCUGCCCGAGGCCGCCGUCGCCGCCACCCCGGGGCCCGUGGGCGCCCGCGGCCGCCCGCCCCUGGUCGGCGAGUUGCCCCCGCAGCCGCUGCCGCCGCUGCCAGCACGGCCCUCGCCGUUCAACCUGCUGGCUCCGCCCGUGCCCCGCGACCCCUGGCCGCUGCCCGCCUUCCCCCCUCCCCUGCCGCCGUCGCCGCCGCCCCCGCCGCCCUUCUUCCUGUCGCCACCCUGCUGAUUGCGCGGCCCAGGCGGGGCAGCGGACCGGUGGCCUGGGCUCAGGUGACCUGGCGGGCGUCCUGUCUCAAUGGGCUCUUCUGCAGCCGCUCAGGAGUGGCCCCGGGCAGCUAACCGUGACCUUGUGGGACCUCUGAGAGCCUGCCAGCCACCGGCAAAAGGGCCAGGGUUGGUUUCCUGGGACUGUGGUAGCGGAUGACGAACGGGGUGGCCUAAGACAGCAAAAAUGUCUCACGGCUCCAGGGGCCAGGAGGCUCCAGGGGCAGGGCCUUGCUUUCCCCAGAGACCAGGGGCAAGUUCUUCUCUCCCUGCCCCACCUCUGGUGGCUCCAGGCCUGCCUUGGCUUGUGGCCUUAUCAUCACUCGAACUUCUCUGUCUCUCAACUGCCUGUUUUUCUCCUAUAAGCACACCUGUCACUGGGUGUAGGCCCCACCCUAAGUCCAGGAUAGAUCUUAUCGUGAGAUCUUUGUGUCUGCAAAGACUCUAAUGAGAUAAGGCUACAUUCCUGGGGUCCUGACCUUACAGCUUGGUUGUAUCUUUCGGGGGCCAGCAUCCGGUCCAUCCGGGCAGUGUCUCUGGGGCUGGCCCACCUCCCCAGCUGUCUUCCCAGACCUGUGUCCUUGCACAGGCAGGCAGUAUGACCCUGAUAACACACCCCCCGGCCUGGCAAGAGACGGAGUGUGGUCUUUCCCUCCCGCUCAGAUGGGCCUGCCGCUCCCUGCCCGCCUCUGCGCUGUGUCCACACUCAACUAAGAAGCCAGGAGUGGCCAGCAAGCUCCAGGACUGUGCUCUCAGACAGCCCUAGCCGUGGGCCCAUCCCCAAAGCUUGGCAGCCCAACCGGUGCUGGCUGACAAUAAAGUGUUCCCCAAGGAA